UGCCUGAAUCCCAACUCCGCCAACGAUCUCGUGGCCGCCUACGUGCGCAUGAUCUCCGGCUGGAACGACGCCGACGCCAAAUACCUUGCCGACGACUUCCGCGACACCUCUGACAGCAUUAACAUCCUGGCCGGCAUCCCGCUUGGCGGCCCGACCUUCCCGACCAAGCAAGCCUUCAUUGACCACCAGCACACUCAGCCCGACAACCUCCCGCUGGUGGUAACGCACAAGUCGCCCUUUGACUGCGACGAGAUCACACUCAUCUGGACGGCCACCUUCGGUGUCGCGCAGAAGCCGGUCCGUGGCAUCACCAUCCUCGGCGUGACUAAGGAGAAGGGUUACUGGCAGAUCAAGAGCGUCGACGUCGAGUUCAACAAUGUUGCUUACCUCGAGAACAUUGGCGGAUUGUGGGCCAUGCCUGGCCAGCAGCAGUAG